AUGGGGAGAUUGGUUUUGGGUGCGCAGGAUGGCCUUCCGCCAAACCCAUGCCUCUUCUUCGCAGUCUUGUUUCUUGGUCUAGUUCUCAUGGACCCGUUUCAUCUAGGUCCACUCAGUGGGCAUGAUUAUAGACCAGUGAAGCAUGCCAUUGCACCCUACAAGCAGGUCAUGCAGCAGUGGCCUAGAGACAACCAAAGCAGGCUGAGGUUUGGAAGGCUCGAGUUCGUCGACAAGGUCUUCGGGCCGGAGUCGAUAGAAUUCGAUCCAGAGGGGCAAGGACCUUAUGCAGGCUUAGCCGAUGGCCGGGUUGUCCGGUGGAUGGGCGAAAACAUCGGAUGGGAAACAUUUGCAGUUGUUAACCCUAACUGGUCUGAGAAAGUUUGUGCUAAUGGUGUGGACUCAACGACUUCGAAGCAGCAUAAGAAUGAGAAAUGGUGCGGCCGGCCUCUUGGCCUAAGGUUCAAUGAGAGGACUGGGGAGCUUUACAUUGCUGAUGCAUACUUUGGACUCACGGUUGUAGGAUCGAAUGGUGGCGUUGCAACACCUCUAGCAACUCAUGUGCACGGGAGGCCUAUUCUUUUUGCAAAUGACUUGGAUGUGCAUAGCAACGGGUCUAUUUUCUUCACGGAUACUAGCAUGAGAUACACUAGAAAAGAUCAUUUUCUAAUAUUGCUAGAAGGAGAAGCCACAGGAAAGCUUCUCAGGUAUGACCCAGCAUCUAGGACUACUCAAGUUGUACUGCGGGGCCUGGCUUUUCCAAAUGGAGUACAGAUAUCAAAGGAUAAAAAGUUUCUGCUCUUCACAGAGACCACCAAUUGCAGGAUAAUGAGGUAUUGGCUAGAGGGACCAAAGAUGGGGAAGUUGGAGGUCUUUGCAGACUUGCCAGGGUUUCCAGACAAUGUAAGGAUGAAUGAGAAAGGCCAGUUUUGGGUGGCCAUCGAUUGUUGCCGGACUCCAGCCCAAGAGGUCUUCUCGCAGAAUCCAUGGCUAAGGAGUAUAUAUUUUAGAUUGCCUCUGAAGAUGAGCUUUCUGGCGAGGCUGGUGGGGAUGAAAAUGUACACCGUCAUCUCUCUCUUUGACGAGGAGGGAAAGAUUGUCCAGGUGCUGGAAGAUAGAGGUGGUGAGGUGGUGAAACUAGUUAGUGAAGUUAGGGAGGUGAAUGGCAAACUUUGGAUUGGAACAGUAGCUCAUAACCAUAUUGCUACUUUUCCUUACUCCUAG